GUCCGCUCAUCGACGACACCUGGUUCCUGGUGAUCAUCUCCUCCUGCGUCGCCGCCACCCUGCUGGGGAUCAUCCUCGCCAUCGCCUUCCUCAAGUACAGAGAAGGGAAGCUGAAGCCACUGAGCGAUGUUGCGCUGGCCAAGAAGGAGAAGGCGCUGGGGCUGGAGCGGUGUGAGGCUGUGCUAUACCCAACCCCGUCGCUGGUGCCCGUGCCCGUGCCCCAGCUGGACAACCGCACCUCCCGGGCUCUCUGGGCGGGCAUCAAGCCACUAGAGGGCAACCACUAUACUGUCGACCACUGCCAGCCGAUGGAACAGAAGCCUGUGCGUCUGGAUCUCCUCCCGCCACACGACAACACCUACGACUACGCCGACUACAGCAGCGUCAGCUACGCCAGCGCUGGCUACAGCACCCUCACGCCCCGGCUCGACACGCACAGCCCCCGGCCGGCCCCGGCUGCUAGUUUCGAGAACGUAGGCUACGUCCCCGGAGACGAGGCUGCCGAAGUGGAGCGCAUUGCCCCCGAUGGGUGUGUGGUGACAGCCCCGAGGGCUGCCCGCUUGCUGGGGUCACCGCGACCCUCACAGGGCAUCCCAGAUCACCACCACUACGAGAUGGUAACGCCCUCACCUCGUCGACACAGGUCCCUCGAACGGGGCGGGGGGCGGCAGCCGCCCCUCAUAAGUGGACCCACCAGCCUGGGGCCCGGCCGGCUGCCACCCCUCAACGGCCGCCCCUCCCCGCGAUACAACCUCACUGCUCUGGCCACGGGCGCCCACACCCUCACGCCCAAGGUGGAGAACUGCUCGCGGGCGGAACGGCGCCACGCCCACGUCUCGCUAGACAGGUCGGGCGGCGCCAACACCACGCUGGCUCCAGCCUCCCCUACUGACCACAUUUACGCUUCGCCAAUCACCUCGCCUGUUAUCUGAAACUGCCGGGUGCCCUAUGCGCACCCUCUAGGCCCGCCCCAUUGGCACACCGGGCGCUGGGCCGCCCUUGUUGCUAGUCAACUGAGGUAAACUCGGUACUGAGGCGCCUCCACGGGUCCGGGAAUCACCAGGACAGUUGCAGUCACCAUAACGAGGCUGUUCGAAGUCACCAGUACUCCAGAAAUUCACAACAAGCUCUCGCACACAAUCCGGAGACUCUGGAGGCAAUUGCCUGAACAUUGUCCCAAUACUUUAGUACCUGGGAGCGAGGGCUGCCGUUCAUCUGAACGCGUACGAAAGCGCGGGUGGAUGGGACAAUUUUGGACAUUCCCGUUGUUAAAAGAACGGACGUGGUCCAUUCAUCCUGAAUGUACAUUUUAUAGGCAGCCCUCGUCUUAGUCUUAGCCCCUCUGACUGGCUAUAGGCCUACCUGAUGCAGUUUCCUUGUCUGCGGCCUCACCUACGACCUAGCUAUAUAUGUGUGUAUGGCUACCAGCUGCACAUACGCUUGUGAGUCGUGAAACCCGUACAUCCAUCCAUGGAGACAGUCCAGGCCUGUAUACUGAGCCAGGUAAAUCAGACUUUUACAUAUAUAGCGCCAGUCCAAUCAGACCUCUACAUGCAUCGGGCCAGACCAGACCUUUCAUCAAUAUGUCUCAUCUGAUAUACUUGCCAUUCAGAGGACGCAUUGUGUUGAUACCAAAGUGUAGUUUUAAGGACCGCUUCGUUUCGAACACACCUGAACGGACGUUUCGAGCCUGGUGCUCCCUGGAAGAGCAUGCGAUCUUGCACUAAUAGCUUCGUAUCUAUCACAAAGAAGAUUUUUUUUUUCUUUUAUCAUCGGGGUUGUCCCGAUUAUAGAUGUUUAUGUUGUGUUAGUAACGCAGGCGAGUCGUGUUUAGAGUGAUCUCAUUAGUCUUCACAUAAUCUGUCCACGCCAAUACCUCUGUGUGUACUGGUGCCCAAGUCUAUAGUCAUAAGCUAUACACACACACACACACGCACACACUCACACACGCACGCACACACACACACACAUGCACACUCCCACCUACAAACAAACUUGUACAUACACCAACCUACAAACAUACUUAUGCAAACAUACCGACAAACAUACAUAUACACACCCCACCCACUCGCCUAUAUACACACACAUUCUCUAAAACCCCCACCCACCUACAUCUGCCCCCAUCUACAUACACCCACCUACAUCUGCCCCCAUCUACAUACACCCACCUACAUCUGCCCCCAUCUACAUACACCCACCUACAUCUGCCCCCAUCUACA